CUAGCGCAUUAACAAAAUAUUUCGUAUUUUUUGAAACCUGAAAAUGUGAAUAGCGUCUUUAAAAAAAAAACUUGAAUGUGAGCCCGCACCCUAUGCUUCAGUUUUCUCAUACCAAUUAAAAAGAGUAAUUAGUCAUGUGAGAGGUCAAUUACUAGUUUCCGUUAUAUUAUAUAGGUUAAGUUCGUCUAGUAACGGGAAAGAGUGCGUUCUACUUCUUUAAAAUAAAGCUUAAUGUCAUUUUUACAAUUAGCUUGUACAAAAGCUAAGUAAAAGUGAAUUUUAAAAUCUUUAAAAAUGAGCGACGAAAGGGUAAAAAUGCGAAAGCAGCUGGGGUUAUUAGAAGGGGUUGCGAUUAUUCUUGGUAUUAUAUUUGGCAGUGGUAUUUUUAUAUCUCCUAAAGAAGUCUUAGAAAAAACUGGAUCAGUAUGGGGUGCGUUAUCGGUGUGGGCUGCGUGCGGAGUAUUAGCGACUCUCGGAGCUAUGUCCUAUGCAGAACUAGGUACAACUCUAGCUCAGAGUGGGGGUGAUUAUCAUUACAUCAAUGAAGCCUUUGGUCCAUUGCCAGCUUUUCUGUACUUAUGGGAUGCUAACUUAGUGUUUGUACCAAGUACAAACGCAAUUAUGUCCUUAACAUUUGCAAACAAUCUUUUGGAGCCAAUCUUUCCAAAUUGUCCAAUAGACCCUCUUAGUCGAAAACUUAUAGCAGCAGUAACAAUUUGUUUCCUAACAUUCAUAAAUGCCUAUGAUGUAAGAUUCACAACCCGCAUACAAAAUGUUUUUAUGUUUACCAAGAUCUCAGCACUAGUCAUUAUUAUAAUUGGUGGUAUUGUUUGGAUGGCAGGAGGAGGAGUAGAACAUUUUGACAAUGGAUGGGUUGGAACAAAAACAUCUGUGAGUGACUGGUCCGUUGCAUUCUAUUCGGGAAUCUUUUCUUAUUCUGGAUGGAAUUACCUAAACUUUAUGACAGAAGAGCUGCGGGAUCCGUUUGUAAAUCUUCCUCGAGCUAUUUAUUUGUCAUUGCCAUUGGUGACAGCUAUCUAUCUCUUAGCUAAUGUAUCAUAUCUUGCUGUAUUAGGACCCACUGGAGUUCGAGCCACUGAAGCUAUUGCAGUUGAUUUUGCCGUGUCCGCUUUAGGCUGGUUGAAAUGGGCAAUGCCUACAUUAGUGGCUAUCGCUAUACUAGGUGGAUUAUCUGUGCACAUUAUGACGUCAUCGCGUAUGUGCUUCGCAGGAGCCAGAAAUGGCCACAUGCCAGAACUGUUGGCUCAUAUAAACAUCAAAUGUAUGUCGCCGCUACCGUCGCUUGUGUUCCUAAUGCUGAUCUCACUAUUAAUGCUGAUUCCGAACAACUUGACCUCGCUGAUCACAUACUGCACAGUAGUGGAAUCUUUUUUCACGACUCUCAGCUGCAGCGCGGUGUUAUGGCUGCGAUAUAAGAAACCGCACUUGGUUAGGCCCAUUAAGGUGUCUCUAUGGAUGCCUAUAGUGUUUGUGACGGUUUGCGUGGUGCUGUUAGUGGUACCAAUUGUGAGCGAACCUGUCGCUGUCGUGGCUGGUGCUCUAAUGACCCUCGCUGGAGUUCCCGUAUACUUCCUGUUCGUGCGGUCCAAGCCAAAAGUUGUUACAGAAGUAUCGACUAAGUUCACUCAUUUAUGCCAGAAACUAUUUCUCUCCGCAGUCGAAGACAAAGAAGAAUGAUAAUCGGGUAUGAGUGAAUAGAAUAUAUUUAAUAUGACCGUCUUAUUAAUGAACAUAAAACCGUGAAUUAUCAAAACGUUGUGUCUAAAUAGACUUUGUAUAUUUUAUAGUAACAAACACCUAUGCUAGAAUAUAAUGUAGGAUGUACUACAAAAGUCCGGCAGCUGAUAUAAUGUGUUGCUGACGUUUGUCAAUUGGUCAUGACUAGUAGUAGACUUAGCCUGGUAGCAACAUAAUAUAGGUUUAAAAUAAACUUUCUUUUUAAAUUUAAAUUAAAUUCAACUCUAAAUAAAAAGGUACUGUAUGUUGACAUAAUUAGCAAUGUCCAUUCAAUAACCUUUCAUAAAAACAGGUCAUAUAAAAAUACUAUGUGCCUACACACAUCACAGAUUAGUAUUAACAUUUCAAUAAAAUUCAAUUGUUUAUUCACAUCACAGCACAGAUAAAGAAAAAAUACAGAUAAAAAAGUUUAUUAAUAAGGCGGUUAGUUAGUAAAAAAAAAAUUUUUGUACUUUUGUAUGUAAUACGUAGUUAUAAGAUAUUCUCUCGAAUCCAUGCGCUUUAUAUUAUAAUUGUCGUAAUAUAGUUGCAUAAAGAAUAUAAGAAAAAAUAUAUGAAAUGAUAAAAAAAGUUAACAGUUAUUUAUUGAGUUAGUAAAACGGGUUGGCUUUUGUAAUACAAGUUGUACAUGAAAGUUGAAAAAAGAAAGUCGGUAAAAUGAAUGCUUUAAAAAGCAGAUGAGUCAUAUAUAUGUACUUUAAGUGAAAAAUAAUAAUGAUAAGAUCAUGUUUAAUAAAACUGUAUUAUAUAUAAUUACAGGCAACAUUAUAUCUCUAGACAAGUUAAAAAUCAAAUCAGUCAAUAUCAAAGUUUUUUUAUCUGAUUUACACUUAAAGAUUUUAAAAUUUAUUUUCAAUAAUGAAAGCGUAUUCAGAAAUGAAAUACUUUGCUCAAUCAUAGUAUAAAUCUUAUUAGAAUAUUAAAAAUGGUGAAAUCCAGUUUCAGCCUCUUUUUCUAAGGAGAAAGCUUGGAGUUUAUUCCACAACAUUUCUCCAUUGCCGGGUAGCGGUUAAAAAAAUGAAAAGUUUUGUCCAUAUUCUUUACUACGCGUCUAGAAAUAUAACGUUACUUAUAGGAUGUUUUAAGAUGGGUCAAUAUGGUAUUAUAUAGAUUGUUCUAAGGAUUAUAAAUAAUCAAUUAAAUUAGACAACGGUAA